AAGACAACGCGGAAGUAAAACUUCGAGCGGGUUUGUUUUGUUCUUGCCCACCAUUCUUUCCUCGUAGACGAAGCCAUAGUAGCUGAAUACCCAACUCUCAGUCCACUGCAACAUGUCUAAACUACAGUCGUUUCGUGUGUUUUUAAAUGAGCGUUUAACAGCGGCAGCUGUGGAGAUUUUCGGGGCAGUUGAGCAAACGGUAGUGGACUACCAGGAGGAGAAUGAUCGACUACGGAGACUGCUGCGGGUCACACCGGAGAUAAAACGAUGCAGAAUAGACUCCCUGCAACUCUCUCUCGCUGUCUCUGAAGAGGAGGUUCUCCCUGAGCAGCAGCACUGUGAGCAGGAGUGGAGCCCCAGUCUGGGGCAGGAGAACCCAGAACUUCCACAGAUUAAAGAGGAACAGGAGGAACUCAGGACCAGUCAGGAAGAAGAGCAGCUUCAAGGUCUGGAGGCUGAUAUCAUAGAGUUCAAAUUCACUCCUUCCUGUGUGAAAAGUGAAUGUGAUCAGGAGGACCCACUUCAGCCCUUCACUUCUCCCCAAACCCAGACUGUGGAGAACAGAGAGAGUGACCCUAAACAAGUGGAUCUCACACCUUUUGUUACUGUGACCCACCUUAAGGGUCUCUACAUUCCCUGUGACCCUCCAGAUAAUCACAACAAUGCCUCCAGCCAACUCUCAGCUGUCAGCAGUGACCCAGUAGGACUUGACAGCAGCCCACCGAUGGAUCCCAACCCACCAUUGGUUCCCAGCUCACCAUUGGAUCCAAACCCAUCAAUAGGUGAACACUGUUCCAAACCCAGCACCACGCUUAGAAAAACUCACCACUGCCGUGACUGUGGUGAAAUAUUUGCUCUGAAAGCUGACCUGAAGAGGCAUGUGACUCUUGCCAUGCAGAGACCCAGUGAAUGCCGCGUCUGUAAAAAAUGCUACAACUCCAGCUGUAAACUGAAGGCCCAUGUCCGACUCUGUCGCGGUAGGAAACCCUGCACCAGCCCUGUUUGUAGCAAGACCUUCAAACUCAAAGCAGAUCUGUCCAAGCACAUGAGGAUUCACACAGGGGAGAAAUCAUUUAGUUGUGGUUACUGUGGGAAGCGCUUCAAUCGCAAGGGGAACCUUACUGAUCAUAUUCCUGUUCACACAGGAGAGAAAGCAUUUAGCUGUGCUGACUGCGGAAAAAGAUUCAGUCAGAAGGGGACCCUACGGAAGCAUAGACUGACUCACACAGGAGAGAAACAAUUUAUCUGUGGAGACUGUGGAAAAAGCUUCUAUCAGAAGGGGGACCUAAGUAGGCAUAUACGGACUCACACAGGAGAGAAACUUUUUAUCUGUGGUGACUGUGGGAAAAGCUUCAAUUUGAAGGGGAACCUAAAGAAGCAUGAACUGACUCACACAGAAGAUAAACCAUUUAGCUGUGAUGACUGUGGGAAAAGUUUCAAUCACAAGUCUAACUUACUGAUGCAUGUUAAAAACAUUCACAAAGGAGGAAAACCGGAUGAAAUCUUAAAGAACUGUUUAGUCACAAAAUUAGAAUAAAAAGGCAGGAUGUGGACCACACUCUGAGUACACGCUCAUAGACUCACAUCUAUUGGUUGGUGGAGGACGAUACAAUGAUACCUCUCCUAGGGACCUGCUCUCCAUGCUUCAUGAUUACAGUUCCUCUGGUCUCUGAUCUAUUCUAUUGGUAACCUGCUGUUUCUCUCCACAGUACUCUCUGGUCUACAUGGAGGGCCUAGCUACUUUACAUCUGUCUGGAGGGAGAGCUAGAGGUCACAGAAUGAGGCUUCUAGUCUCAGCACUUUCCAAGGCUUUUUAGAGGAAAAUACCUUUUCAGGUCAUGUCACAAGUGCCUUCUCCUCUGACAGUGUCACAGCUAACCCAUUUGUAAAAUGUAUGCCCUUUAGAUAAAAUCUCCUGCUAAAUGGCAUAUACAAUGUAGUCUGAACUGAUUGACGUCCUUGAUAAAUAUGAGCAAUCAUGACUGUAUAAAAUAAAUAAUUCAAAUGCUGAGCUAUUUUGUAUGCUUAAAAGAAUUGGGAAAGUAUAUUAUUUUAUAUGAAUACAAAUGCUCAUAGAAAUAAUACUUUUUUUUCUCUCAAAAGAGUAGUGGUAAAGGAGAGUAGUGGUAAAGGAGAGUAGUGGUAAAGGAGAGUAGUGGUAAAGGAGAGUAGUGGUAAAGGAGAGUAGUGGUAAAGGAGAGUAGUGGUAAAGGAGAGUAGUGGUAAAGGCGAGUAGUGGUAAAGGAGAGUAGUGGUAAAGGAGAGUAGUGGUAAAGACGAGUAGUGGUAAAGGAGAGUAGUGGUAAAGGAGAGUAGUGGUAAAGGCGAGUAGUGGUAAAGACGAGUAGUGGUAAAGGAGAGUAGUGGUAAAGGAGAGUAGUGGUAAAGGAGAGUAGUGGUAAAGGAGAGUAGUGGUAAAGGAGAGUAGUGGUAAAGGAGAGUAGUGGUAAAGGAGAGUAGUGGUAAAGGAGAGUAGUGGUAAAGACGAGUAGUGGUAAAGACGAGUAGUGGUAAAGACGAGUAGUGGUAAAGGAGAGUAGUGGUAAAGGCGAGUAGUGGUAAAGACGAGUAGUGGUAAAGGAGAGUAGUGGUAAAGGAGAGUAGUGGUAAAGGAGAGUAGUGGUAAAGGAGAGUAGUGGUAAAGGAGAGUAGUGGUAAAGGAGAGUAGUGGUAAAGGAGAGUAGUGGUAAAGGAGAGUAGUGGUAAACAUUGACACCCCUGAAGAUUCUAAUAAAUAAAGUAGAGGAAAUACUACAUGGAGCCUGUGACUCUAUGAACUCUACAAAAGUUUGUUUUGGUUUCAGAUUAUUUUGUGUCCAGUAGAAAUGAAUGAUAAAUAAUGUAUUGUCAUUUUGGAGUCAGUUUUAUUGCAAUAAGAAUACCUUUUGGGGGAAAAUUGUAUAAAAUAAUACCUUUAUAGCUCAGUAUUUGAAUGAUUUAUUUUAUACAUUAUUGUUAAUCUUUAUCAAAGAUAAUUUGAUAAUCAAUUAUUUUAGAUCCCACUGUAUUAUGAAUUCAGUGGCGACACUUCUGCUUUCCUACCACUAGAUGGCACUGUUUAAGAUGUCUCCCCACUAGAUCUAUUACACUAACGUGGAUCCUUUCAGUAGGCUACAACAACAUGAGAAGUGAGAAUGUCAAUUGUAUAUUUCAUCCCUCUCUUUCCUUCCCUGUGUGUGUGUGUGUGUGUGUCUCGCUCUCUCAGCCAGACUUAAAGGUCGAGACUGAGUCUGCGUCUCUCACAUGGAUAGGCA